AUGAGCAUAGAGGAAUCAGAGAGAAAAGAGUCAAGUCAAGAUCCAGAUAAGCAUGAAAACGCAUUAAAUGAAACGCAGAAUACAGGACCAUGGUACCAUUUUCCCAUAAUUAAUAACCUCCCGGAUGAUAUUGAGAUAAGUGUGAUUGAAUCAUAUGAAGAACAUAUAUAUAUUGGAACUAGUUCAGGGGAAAUAUUGCAUUUCUUCGAGAUCGAGUUUGGUAACUACUUACUCGUCUCAAGAACUAAUUUUGAUGAUGAUAUAAGCAAAAGGCAGCCAGCUGUUAAUAAGAUAAUAAUACUUCCGAAAAUCGAAAAAGCAUGCAUACUCAGUGACUCUGAGGUGAUAUUGUUCUUAUUACCUGAGAUGGCACCCGUCCCAAAUGUUGAAAGGCUGAAGGGUAUAAAUGAUAUUGUAUUGAAAGAUUACCCCAAAAAGGAUGAUAAUAAGUUUAAGAACAAGUAUGAAUUGCUAUUAUUUAGAGAUUCGAAAGUUACAAAUCUGGUAAUUACAGAAAAUGAAUUUAAGCAGAAUACAACUUUCGAUUACAAAUUUAUCCAAAGUGGUCAAUGUCACGACUCAAUGGUCAUGAGUGCAAAAUUGAAUAACUAUGAGCUUUUAAAUUUAAAAUAUAAUCAAGUGAUAUCACUGUUUCGUAUUAGUGAAUCCGUUGAUGGCAAUAAUAAUGAGGCUACGUUGAAGCCAAUGAUACGAAGUUUUAAUAACGACAGUUUUUUAGUUUGUUCUGGAGGCGCAUCAUAUGAAGACAAUGCAAUGGUGCUCGUGGUGGAUCAUCAUGGGGAUAUUACUGGAAUAGCGAUGGAACUUGAACAUUAUCCAAUAGACUUGAUUGUAAGUUACCCAUAUCUUUUGGUACAAUAUAAAGAUGAUCAAUUUCAAGUUUAUAAAUUUCUAGAUGAUCAAAAAUUAACAGUUCAGAAAGUCGAAGUUCCAGAUACUAGAUUGAGAAUAUUUAAGACUCGCAAUACAACCAAACCUUCUAUAAAACCAAAUUCAGAUGAUUAUGAGACGUAUUUAACCUUAAGGGAUGCGAUGGUUGACAAACUAAUGACGGUUCCGAUUAGUAAUAGCUCAAGUACGACGACAUAUGAUAUGGAGUAUAAAAAGAAAGAAUUGGAGGCAAUGUGCGAUUUUUCUUCCUCAAUUCUGAUAACCGACUCCUCGUCAAUAUAUUCAUUUAUUCCAAAGCCACUGUUUUUAACCAUAGUAAAUUUUGAGAAAUCACAAAUUGAUUUAAUACAUGACUAUUUGAAAAAUUGUGAAGAACUAAAUUUGAAGAGCAAAAUAUCAAACCUUGAAAGAAAAUAUUUGAUUUUAUUGAUUUUAUUAUUGAAUAUGCUACAUUGUGAUAAAAUUGAUAUAGAAUUGGUUAAUAUGUGGUGUGAUCGUAUUAAAAGUAUAGAUAUACGGUUAUUUUUGGAUCUCUUGGGGUUUGAAACGUAUGGUAAACCAUAUAUUUAUAAAGGUUUGAAGUCAAUUUACGAAAAUUUGAAAUCAUUAACCCUUCGAAAUAAAACCGAAAAUACAAACGAGGAAUUCAUUAAAUUUUUUGAAACUAUUAAAAAAAGGUUAAACAACCUUAUAGAAAGGCAACGAAAUACUAUUCAAGACUUCGAAAACAUAAUUAUCACAAUCGAUGUUCUAUUGUUUAAUACAUUAUUCGCCAAUAGUGAUCAACAAGAAUCGGGAUUUGAUAUCAACGAAUAUAAUACACUAAGUCAUGGUGAAAUUAUCAGGAUAAUAAAAGAGGAUCUUAUCCCCAAGGAUACUUCAAACAAUAAUUUACUAAUUCAGAUAUAUGAGCAAAAGGGACUGUUCAAUGAAGCAGUAUGUAUUCUGAGGUCUAACAUGGAUAGUAAGAGCGCCACUACAACAAAUCAGUUUUUUGAGUUUAUUAAGUCCCACAUAGAGCAGUUGCCAAAGGAGUACAUAUCAACAGAAUUGUCUAAUGACCUGGCAAUAAUAAUGGAAAAUUUGAGUAUGUUACUCAACAAGAGAGAUCUUCACAGAGUCGUCAGGAGUGCUCUCGAUAUAUUUAGAGAGAUAAAAAUGGACGUUCAUAUUUUACUACAAGGUGUUGAGGUGUUUGAAAAUGGUACAUUUAUAAAGGUCAUAAUUCUUGAAGAAAUUAACUUUGGGAAAGAUGAAAGGGGUAGUACGGAAGAUAUUGAAUUCCUCGUUCGAUAUUAUAUUGAAAAGAUGCAUUCGGAAAUUGUGACUAAAACCUUAUGGGAUAAAUUCAAGUCAUUUCAAAUUGAAUACAGAAGCGAUCACAAUUAUGAUAAAUUACCAAUAAAUGAAUAUUUAUUAACAAAGAUAAAAUUUGACUCCAGUUGUGAUCAAUUUGUGAAACUUUUUGAAAAAAUAAUUAGAAUAAAUGAUAAUAUGCCUAGCACUUCAAAGCUCCUCCAGAAUGAAAUUACCAAAUUUGAUGACAAUCAUAUUUUAUUUAUAUUAUUUUUCUUCACAGAAUCAUAUAAUGAUACCAUUGAUGAGAAGGUGAGGUUAAAUAUUCUCAUUGAGAAUAAUGCAUUUCUUGAAAUUCAGUCCCUUGUGAAUUCCACAAAUAUUGUUCGAUUGUUCGACCAAUAUUGCAAUGAGUUAGAUGAUGUUGAUCUGGCGAUAGAACUUUUAAAGAGGAACAAGAUUCUAUUGGAAGAAAAUAUCACAAAUUAUUUUACAAUUCUCGGGAGUAUUCCAAAACAAUCAUCUUUCCAUAAAUCUGGAUCUUUGAUUCUAAACAUACUAAUAAAUAGGCAAACAAAAUUGGAGGAAUUAGAAAUAAAAAAAUCGUUGUUGAAGAAUGAAGUCUCUAUUUACAAUGAUAUAUUGAAAAAGUUAGAUACAUGA